ACUAUCCCAGCGUCGAAUACAAGGGGCGCAUGCGGCAACCGUCUCUCAACUAUCGCGAGGUUUCGUCUUCCCGGAAGCGGUGGAGGACGUUCCUUAUAAGCGGCGUCGCGAUGUGUGGGGACUGUGUGGAGAAAGAAUAUCCUAAUCGGGGUAACACCUGUCUGGAGAAUGGAUCUUUCUUACUGAACUUUACAGGCUGUGCAGUAUGCAGUAAGAGGGAUUUUAUGCUGAUCACAAACAAGUCCCUUAAAGAGGAAGAUGGAGAAGAAAUAGUUACCUAUGAUCAUCUGUGUAAGAAUUGUCAUCAUGUAGUUGCCAGACAUGAGUAUACAUUCAGUAUCAUGGAUGAAUUUCAGGAAUACACCAUGCUGUGUCUGUUAUGUGGCAAAGCUGAAGAUACUAUCAGUAUUCUCCCUGAUGACCCCCGACAAAUGACUCUUUUAUUUUAAGACUCGUCCAAUUCUGUUGUAACUGUGUUGUGUUGGUUCACAGAAAGCCUGAUAGUUUGUCUAAUAAUGAAAAAUUCUUUGCAUAUUUUCUUUCAUGCUGAGACUUAAAUGUUCUUUGAAAAUAAAAGUAAUUUGGGGGAUUGUUGUCCCUAGAGUUGA